GGAGACUCAAUCCAGCAACAAGCGAUACCGCCGGUAGGAUCUAUCGCCACGGCGACCGUGCUCGUCUGCAUACAUUCGCUGCCGCAUUGCCGGCUGCGUCGAUCGCUGCAUUCACAACUCCCGCAUCACUCGAGCCUGCGUCGAGACCCUUCCUCGGACCCAAUCCUGGUCUUGGGCCGAUCCUCACGCCGUGUGCCUCUGCUGCCAUCAGCCAUGCUGUUCAAACAAUCGGUCCUCUCGGCAUGCGCUCGCGCCCGAACCCAGGCGCUUCGCCAGCCCAUGCCCGCCAUGGUCCCUGUUCGUCUUUCCCACCGCAAGUCCCCGCCUCCCCCGAAACACUGGACCAAGCGCGGCAUCGAUGAGUCCAUCCUGAACUCUCUGUGCGAUGCCGCCAAGGUUGCCGAGGAGCAGGUCUAUCUGGACUCCAACUAUGCUCGGGAUCUUCUGCUAGACCAGCGCGACAGAUACGAGUUCUUCCUCCAGACAUGCGACGAGUUCCAGAUCCCCAUCGAGUUCAACAGACGACUGUCCCAGGACCACGCCUCUGGACGCGAGACAUCGGACUGGGUUGCUGCCCAGAUGGAGCAGCAGGGCCGACUCACUUUCUAGAAUAUAUCAGCGCGACGAGGCGCCAAGCCAGCAACUGUGCUCGAGUGCCUGGUGCCGCCUCCCUGCCUCCUGUUGUUUGGCCGACAUCUGGUUUCCGCUCUGGAUCAAAAUACACCCGGCUCGCCACAA